GACAUGACCUGGUGGCUUCUGGUCGUCGUGUUGCCGUUGCUGCUCCUGGCGCAGGUGACCAUGACAACAAGGGAGACCCUGUGUGACCCAGGCUACUACCUCACCGAGCAGUUCCAGGAGGGCCGCAGCGUCAGAGCGUGCAGGAAGUGUGAGUCUGGGACGUUCAGGUCCCACCCCAGUGCGGAGACCAGCUGCGUGCACUGCGCCCUCUGCCGGGACGAUCAGGAGGUGGUGACUGAGUGCUCCCCGACCUCCGACCGGCAGUGCCAGUGCAAGGAGGGUCACUUCUACUGCGACUCGGGGAGCUGCACAGAGAGCUGCUUCCGCUGUAAAAGAUGUGAAGGCAGCACCGUCCUUCAUCCAUGCAAUGCCACCAGGGAUACAGUUUGUGCCACAGAAAGUAAUCCAAAGCCAGGAACCUCAAGCUGUUCGUGGCCACUACUUGUGGUCCUCGCCCUCACCCUCACCUUCGCCAUCAAUGCCUUCAUCCUCAUCCCCUGCAUUCGCACCAUCCUUCACAACCAUAGCAAAAAAGAAGAUCCGAAUGAGCCAGGCAGUCCUUCACCUAGAAGCAGCCAGCCCGAUGCGACGCGGACGGGCCCUGAGAGGGGCCGACCAGCCCCUGGCCAGGAGACAAGACCGCUGUCGUGGGGGAGGACUCAGCCCUGACACCCCAGGCUGGGGCCAGCCCGGGGCCCUCCCAUGACCCUGAGGAAAACAUGGAGCUGCAGGUGGUGGUGGUGGAAGGAAGUCCUGCAGCCCCAGGGCAGACGCCAGGCCCAGGCGGAGGCGUCCCCCUCCCUCAGUAGGCUGGAGCAGAUGACAAGGACGUCCUGGAGGAGCUGGCCGGUCGCAGCCCCUCCCUGGGGCAGCCUGAGGAUGUUGGGAAAGCCGCCACCUUCGUCCUUCUGUGGGCAUCUCCAUCACGUCCUGUCGAUGCCCUGGUGCCCAGGAAGUCCGUUCCAGCCGGCCCUGAAGGAAGGGUUCCCCAGAAAUCUGGGUGGACAUAAUCCCAGGAGACACAUGGCCAGUGGAAACCAGUUGGAUUGAUCCCACCUGUAGGCCUGUGAAGCUACUGAGCCCGUAAAAAGGGACACCACCACGCCUAGUGGCCCCUUGCCCGCUCCCUCCCCUUCAGGGACGGCCCUCACUCUGUCUGUGGAGUGUGUACCUGCUUUUGCUUUAACCUGAGCACCCAACUCCCACACCUCUUUCCCUGCCUUUCUCUGGCCUUACACUCUAUGCAGUGUGUAUCUCUCUAAAGAAAUCUACCUUUACUCAACGGUGAUUUGCAUUUGAUUUCUUUCCUGCACGAAGCAAAGGACCCACACUUGGCUCAGCCGUCCCAGGGGCUCAACUGAGAUCCCCGCUUCACCCCACACCCGUUUUCCUGCAUCAACAGGCCGUCCAGGAGGGCACGUGUGGGAGUGCAAAUUUGGAUUCUAGUGUAAUGAUUGCUUUUGCCAAAUCAUAGUCUCACCUUUCUGUAUUAUCACCUUUACGUAAGGGCAUAAGAAAUGUAUAAUCAAACCCCAUGCUUUCUGUAUGUGUCAUUAUACGGAUCCUUCACAGCAAAAUGUCCAAGAGCACAAAAGACUGAACCCUCAGUACCGGUCACCACCUUCUCUACGGGACUGAGCUCCGCUGCCUUGAAGCUGCCGUGCCAGCAGGACCUGCCACAAACUGUCUCUGCGCCGCCGUGAAAAGCAAGAGACAUGCUUUGCUCGUUCUGCUUAGCUUGAGGUCGUAGGUUCAGGGCUGCUUGUGCUCAUGGAAAGUCACAGCUCGUCCCCUGCCCUAACGGGCAGGAUGUGCUUCGCUCAUCAGGCGCAGGCGGAUAGCGCGGGCCGCUCCUGCUCACGGAAGGCAGUGGCUGACCCUCAGCUGGGGACAGUGGGGCGGCUUCGCGAGCUGAGACGGUUUCUGACCAUCAUACGGAGACCCUGUGGCGGGCUGGGUUUUCAUUAUAAAUUAUUUGGAACACUGUAACCUUGCUCAUGAUUCUUUGAGGCUUAAAAUAACCAUUCGUACUGUCAAUAUUGUAACCUUCUCUCUAAGUAUAAAUUAAGGUUAUGCUUCUGUUUUCCAUGAACUGAGACUGCUGGCCCGCAUCCCUGCACGCGCACCGCGCCCCUCACUCGCUCCUGUGACGCAUGUCACUUUGACCCUCUGUCUGACUGUUCCCAAUAAAUGCAAGCGCUCUGGAGGCGCUCGGGGAGUUGGUCUCCGCC